AAUGCGAAAAAGUAAACAAAAAUAUUCAAGAGAGACAACCAAAGCCUCCUGUUCGAGUUCGACGGCCUGAUUUCCCUUCCUCUUCCAUUCUCGAUUCGCUGUUAUGUCUCAGAUCUGAGAUUUCUCCUCACCGAGAUCGGGGGCGAGACCUAAAUCUUUGCCGGACUGAGCUCUUCCCCACCUUCUCCUUCCUUGGUUCGCCGGCAGGCUGCUCUAGUGGACCUAGGACGGCUCCGGUCCUUUUGGGCCUGGAAUCUCUGCCGCCGACAAUAUGCCUGUCGCGGCAUCUGCUAUUUACUUCUUGAAUCUGCGCGGAGAUGUCCUCAUUAAUCGUCUCUACCGCGAUGAUGUUGGUGGAAAUAUGGUGGAUGCUUUUCGGAUCCAUAUCAUGCAAACAAAAGAACUUGGCACAUGUCCUGUUCGGCAAAUUGGAGGAUGUUCCUUUCUCUACAUGAGAAUUAGCAAUGUGUACAUUGUGAUUGUCGUUAGCAGCAAUGCCAAUGUUGCAUGUGCUUUCAAGUUCGUCGCUGAGGCUGUUGUGCUAUUUAAAUCAUAUUUUGGGGGUGCAUUUGAUGAAGAUGCCAUCCGGAAUAACUUUGUUCUGAUUUAUGAACUUCUUGAUGGUAUGCACCACUUAUCUGCUGUGGCAUAAAUCUUGUGUAGACAGAUAUCUUUACUUUCUGU